AUGCCAGCCGCCACAGGUACAAAGCGCGUCAGGGGCGUUUCAAUAUUCAGACCUUUCGUCUACGGCAGCGAAGCCCAGCCCUUCGACCCCGCAAAGCGACCACCUAACGCGCCCGAGGACCACACGCAUCAAUGGCGCGUCUUUGUCAAGGGCGUGAACGACGAAGAUAUAUCUUACUGGCUAAAGAAAGUGCAGUUUAAGCUGCACGAGACAUACGCGCAGUCCGUGCGGACGAUCGAGCAGCCUCCCUUCGAAGUCACCGAGACAGGAUGGGGUGAAUUCGAAAUCCAGAUCAAGCUCUACUUCGUGCCAGAAUCGAACGAAAAGCCCCAGACGCUAUGGCAUAGUCUCAAGCUCCACCCGUACGGACCGGAUGCUGAGGGCAUGAAGGAGAGGAGGGAAGUCGUCGUCAGUCAGAACUACGAAGAAGUCGUCUUCAACGAACCUGUCGAGCAGUUCUACGAUAUUUUGACAGGUGGCUCUACCGGGGCGCAACCACAGAAGGGGAAAAGUGGGAAGAAUUCCAAGCAACAGCAACAGCAGCAGGGUGGAAGAACGGCAGAGAUUCCGUACAACGAGAGUCCGAAGAAUCCAUAUAGCAGGACAACCGAGAGUAAAGAACUCGAUAGACUGACAGAGGCUACCAAGACGGUUGAGCAGAUGCUUAAAGAGGAGAAGGCGAAGCUGGCUGAGCGUGAGAAGAAGCUGCAGGAACUGAAAGAAAGCGAAGGAAUACCCCUCGCGACGAAGAAGAAAUGA